AUGGUAUAUACAAGGGUUGGUGUUUGGAUACCUCAGUGCCCCCCAAAGAACUGGGAGGCUAGGUCGUGGUCUGGAGAUGGUAGACGGCCAUCAGGAGCACUCCAUGCAACUGGGUUCUGUCACUCGAUCGAGCUUGCUCUCCUCUUCCUCUUCCUCAAAGUGUGUGGCUUCCUUGGCCUUGGUGGAGCAUUGCUAGCUCGUACUGUCCAUAGGGGUUCCAUCUACUCCGGGGAGGCUCCUGGUAAGGCAUGGAUCGUAUUCAAAUCCCGGAUCCUCGAACUGGGGCUCCUCCAGGUCAACUCGACCGUCAGCUCGAUCGAGUUGAGUUUCCUCUGUUUGGACUCGAUCGAGUCCGGUGGUCGAGCUGGAGCGUCUGGCCUUGGAAGUCUUCCUCCUUCUCUGCGUGUUGUCUUCUCCUUCCCUUGGCUCGAAAGAAGAGGCUCUGUGAGGCUCUUGGGCAGGGAGCCUCCUUGGAGUGGUGAGAAGGAUCUACUCCUAAGGAAUGUGGCUUGGGCCUUCUUCUUCUUGCUUGAAGAACCAGAAACCUUCUUCUCCAAACUUUUGAUCUUGCUCACCAUCUUGUCCAUGGACUUUUGCAUCUUUCAAUGGCUUUCCCUUGCCAUUUGUUGA